ACUAUCACAGUUACAGUAGACAUUUCCGAAGGUGGUAAAGCAGAAUCGGUGAGCCGUACUAUGACAACAGCUUGUCCUUGUAACCCGGCGUCUGAGACAGGAGAUCCACAUUAUUCCACAUUUGAUAACAACACUUUUACUUACCAGGGCCCAUGUGGGUAUAUUGUGUCAAAGGACGCGUGUGACGGUGGCACUCCUACAUUCGAAAUAUGCGCCACAAAUAGUGGGAGAGAAGGACAGACUGAUCCUCGGUUCGUGACCGGUGUACAUGUGAAAACGGAGAGUGACGAACUACUGUUGUCACGACACACAGUUCUGUGGAAUGGCGAGGUUGUGGAUAAGAGCAUCCCAAAACUGUCAACGGAUUACAAGUUAUUGACAUACACUUCCAUAGACGGCAGAUUCGUACUUUUCCACACCGAAUAUCUGUGGUGGAUAGAAGUUUUAACGCGCACACUCCACGUCUAUUUGCACCAGGAUUCACCACUUCACGGUAACAUAUGUGGAAUGUUUGGCAACGCAGAUGGCUCUCCGUUCAACGAUAUGGUUCUUCCUGACGGCACAAGCACUGAAGAUCAAAACGUGUUUGGCUACGCAUGGGAAUGUGAAAACAGUUGUUACUAUAAAGAACUACUGGAUGACUUGGGGAGAUUAAAAUGA